CGGGUCUGUUCCGCGGGGAACGCGGCCCGGCUUGCUUGGCAUAUGCAAGGAACGUGAGUUGUGAGCCACCGCGCGUUCGGGCCCCAUCGAGCGAACCAAACUCCCCGGUCGGCACCGUAUCCGUGGCUUGGACGCGCGGCUAAGAAGACUGCUGUGAUAGAAAUGCAGAAAGAGACCUCUUACGACGAACGACGUCCCGUUCUGGAGGACUCCCGCUCACCAUGGACGUAAAGAGAAAAGUGACCGCGCUGGUGCAGCGGGCUACGAAUAACAGCAGCAUCCCGAAUCCGCUCGCCAGAGCGCUCAGACUCGCCGCUAUUGCGCUCAUCGUCUUGAUCCUGUACCUGAAGGUGGUCGCGCUGUCGUCACGGGCCCCGCCCAUCAUCGUCUCGGAUUUGGUGCUCCAGACGUCCGACCUGAGGGAUGUUAAGCCGGCCGUGGCUCCGGGCGGCAGCGGCGAGCACGCCAUCCCCGCCAAUGGCACCGGACCAUCACCAAAAUCACAGCACGCCAUGAACUGCAACCCGGACAUCCGCAGACUUGGCGAGAUCAGGGACAGGUACGCGCUGGACAACGAGAUCGAAUACCUUAAGCGCUACAUCCGCUUCACCCGCAAGCCUGACGUCGGCCGUCCGUCCUACACUGUCCUGGAGCAGCGCUUCCUGCCCGACGACGACAAUAAGAGCUUCCAAGUCCUGCAACUGUCCGGCGACGAAGGCGGCCUCCCCCCGUCAGGGAAAAAAUGCCCCGACCCCCUGGAGGUCUCGGUUCCGCAGUCGCCCUUCCCCGCCGACGUGGACCUCUCCGACUUCAUCUUCGCCAUCUCCACGACCGUCCGGCGCCUGGCCGACCACCCCACCACCAUCCCGGAAUGGGCCCACUGGCUGACGGACGGCCAGGGCCACUCCAACGGCGGCAAGCUGCUGCUCCGGCUGGUGGACGCCACCGACGCCGAGCUCCGCAACGUCACGCAGCGCCUGGCCGACGCGGGCAUCGACGCCGAGGUCGGCGCAUGGGACAGCCGCCGCGACAAGGAGAUGGCGGUGCGCUACCUCAACCUGGUCCCUUUGCUCUUCUCGCACGAUACUACUACUAGUAGUACUAGUAGUUCGUCCUCCGCCAAGACCAGGAAGUGGUUCGUCCUCUGCGAUGACGACACAUUCUUCCCAGCCAUCCACUCCCUCGCGGCCCACUUCGCACAGCACUACGACCACACCAAGCCGCUCUACAUCGGCACGCUCUCCGAGGACGUGACCUCGGUCGCGACGCACGGCUCCCAAGCCUUCGGCGGCGGCGGCGUCUUCCUCAGCCGCGCCCUCGCGCGGAUCAUCUCCCGUAAUAGUAGUGGUAGUGUCGUCCACACGACGUGCCGGACCCGGCAGAAGAUCAGGGAGUCGGACUCCGGGUGGGGCCCGCAGGGCGACAUCCUGCUGCGCAAGUGCAUCUACGAGAACAGCGCCGUGCGCCUGACGCCGCUGCGCCAGCUGUGGCAGCUGGACCUGGCGGGCGAUGCGUCGGGUUUCUAUGAGGCCGGCUUCAAGCCGUAUAGUCUGCACCACUUCCAGGGCGGCGGCGAGGGGUUGUGGCAUACGGCCUAUCCGCUUGCUACGGCACAGAUUGCGCACGCGUGUGGUGAGGACUGUCCCUAUCAGCGGUUUGUGACGGCGGAUGGGUUUGUGAUUGCCAAUGGGUAUAGCGUGGCGCAUUACCCGGGGGGUGGGAUACUCGACCACGGCGAUGAUGAUAAUGAUGAUGAGGAUGAUGAUGAGGACGAGGAUGGGAUUGAUCUGGAGCAGGUCGAGCGCACGUUCUGCUCGCACCACGAGGACAAAGGGUGGAAUUUCGAUUACAUGUUUGGGCCGCAGCGCGCGUCGCUGCAUGGCACGGGGAAGAAGAUUGCGUGGGAGCUGCGGGAGGCCGAGUACAAGAGGGAGGAGGGGGUCGUUGUGCAGGUGUAUAUCCGGAGGAAGGAUGACCAGAGGUGGGUGACGAAGGAGGGGAAGAAGGGCGUGGUGAAGCCUAUGAGGGAGACGGAUGGCGUUCUUGAGCUGGUGUGGAUCCCGGGUUGAAUACGACUGACUAUUACUAAUAUUGGUGGUGUGUUUGGAUAGUACUAGUAGUAUAUACUUUCUACGAUAUAUGAUAGUACUCAAGCGUGGACGUGCAGAUGGAAGACGAAAGCACCUCCUGAUUCCUGGCG